CGGUCGUAGUUAUUCCCGAUCAUAAUUAAAUACCUUCGAUUUUUUUAAGAUACCCAUAAAAAAUUAAACAUGUAUCUAAUUAUAAUAGUGAUUGUUCUUUUAUAUUGGUAUGGUGUUAGAAAUUUCAGCUACUGGAAGAAUAAAGGUGUUAAACACGACAAGCCUAUUCCGUAUUUAGGAAACAACGCAAAGCAGUAUUUUCAAAAAGCAAGCAUAGCAAUGGUUGCCACAGAUGUUUACAGAAGAUAUCCUGAAGAAAAAGUUGUCGGAUUCUACAGAGGUACUGACAAAGAGCUGGUUAUUCGAGAUCUGGAUAUAGCAAAGCGGAUUCUAGUCACAGAUUGCCAACAUUUCUAUUCAAGAGGUUUUCUGAAGAAUAAAAAGGUUAUAGAACCCUUGAUGAAAAAUUUGUUUUUCGCUGACGGUGACUUAUGGCGUUUAUUACGACAAAGAAUAUCUCCAGCAUUUUCUUCAGGUAAAUUGAAAGCGAUGUUUCCUCACAUAACAGAAAGAGCGGAAAAUCUUCAGCUUCUUGCCCAGCAAUUCGCAGGCACAGGAAAAGUUUGUGAUGUUAGGGAGCUGAUGGCAAGGUACACUACGGAAGUGAUUGGAGCAUGUGGCUUCGGUAUCAACAUGGACUCGCUCAGUGAAGAAAAUUCCGUGUUCAGGAAACUCGGUGCUCGUAUAUUUUAUAGGAAUAUCAGAGAUGCAUUUUGUGGCGCUAUGAAAGAAGUAUUUCCGGACCUUUCUAAAAACUUGUGUUAUUUGUCUCCCGAAAUUGAAAAAUCAAUGGUGACUCUGGUGAAAUCUGUGAUGAAACAAAGGAAUUUUGUGCCUAGUGACAGACAUGACUUCAUUGAUCUUAUGUUGGAACAAAAACAAAAGGGUCGUAUGGUUGGAGAAUCCAUAGAACACAGGAAUAUUGACGGAUCCCCGAAAAUUGUCGACAUGGAGCUUGAUGAUAUGCUUAUAACAGCUCAAGUUUUUGUUUUCUUCGGCGCUGGCUUUGAAACUUCAUCAACAACAUCAAGUUUCACUUUGCAUCAGUUAGCAUUUAAUCCCGAAUGUCAGAAGAAAGUUCAAGAAGAAAUAGACAAAGUUUUAGCACGACACGAUAACAAAAUAACUUAUGAUGCAGUAAAAGAAAUGAAUUAUCUAGAAAUGUCGUUUAAUGAAGCAAUGAGGAUGUAUCCAUCAGUGGCCUUCCUUAAAAGGGAAUGCGCUACUACAGGGUACACUAUUCCUGAAAUUGGACUAACGAUUGAUGAAACCGUCAAUGUAAUAAUACCAGUACAAGCGUAUCAUAAUGACGAGCAAUAUUUUCCGGAACCACAUAAAUUUGACCCAGAGCGAUUUCGACCAGAAAAUAAAGCAAAUAUCCCUAGUUUUGCCUAUUUACCUUUUGGGGAAGGUCCAAGAGCUUGUGUUGGCGCACGUUUGGGUCAAAUGCAGUCUAUGGCUGGAUUAGUGGCAAUACUUCAAAAAUUCUCCGUAGAACCUGCACCGACAUCACUGAAGAGACCAAUACAAGACCCUAUGGGCAUAGUGUCAGAGGGUUUUGUCGGGGGAUUACCUUUAUUACUACGAAAAAGAAGUUCAUGAUAAAAAAAAUGUAGU